GUACACCAUGGACUGCACGCUUACGGCUUUCCUCUCCGGUCAGAGCCGGACGAAGCAGGUUUUGUGGUUCAAGGUGGCCGCGCGGAGUGCUGCGGGACGAGGUCCGCUCUCCACAGCCAUCUCACAGCGCUGCUCGUCGCCGCCGUCGGCGCCACAGAAUUUGACGAUGAACACGACCGUCUUCGAUUCUAGCGGUGCAACCGGCUCCAUGUACGUGGUUUGGGAGGAGCCAGCAGAUCUCCACGAGGCCGUACUGCUCGGGUACAAGGUGUAUGUCGAUGAUGGGAACUCCUUGGACACGAAGGAUAUCUUCUACCUGGCAGAGGUUGAGUCUUUGCCAGCGAUGUCCCAGCAGGUCAUCGAUGAUCCGGAGCGCCGCGUAUUCCGCCAAGAUCACAUCGUCCCCAGCAGAGCUUACAAGCAGCGUGGGCUGUACAAGGUCACCGCCAUCACGGAGGUCGGCGAAGGCAAGGCCCUCUGCCCGUACCCUCAGCGGUAUCAACUGGCCGUUGCCUCCGUGGACGUCCGGGAAGAUGCCGACAUCACCUCGCCGCUAUUCCCCUUCGUGACCGUGACUCAGGGAACCAUCCUCGAG